GUGGCGCGAGUUCGCGACUUCCGGCUGAAGAACAUGAUGCAAGGAGAGGCAAGCCCUAGUGCUUCCCUUAUUGACAGAACCAUCAAGAUGAGAAAAGAAACAGAAGCCAGAAAAGUGGUUUUAGCCUGGGGACUCCUAAAUGUAUCAGUGGCUGGAAUGAUAUAUACCGAAAUGACUGGAAAAUUGAUUAGUUCAUAUUAUAAUGUGACUUACUGGCCCCUCUGGUAUAUUGAGCUUGCCCUUGCAUCUCUCUUCAGCCUUAAUGCCUUAUUUGAUUUUUGGAGAUACUUCAAAUAUACUGUGGCACCAACCAGUCUUGUAGUUAGCCCUGGACAGCAAACACUUUUAGGACUGAAAACAGGUGUUGUACAGACUACUCCUCCCCAUGAUCUGGCAUGCCCCCAAAUCCCUCCCUCUCCGCCUUCCCCUUCAAUUCAGGGUCAAAGUGUAUUGAGUUAUAGCCCAUCUCGUUCACCUAGUACCAGUCCCAAGUUUACCACCAGCUGUAUGACUGGAUAUAGCCCUCAACUGCAAGGUCUGUCCUCUGGUGGCAGUGGUUCUUACAGCCCUGGAGUGACCUUCUCGCCUGUCAGCACUUACAAUAAGUUGGCGAGCUUUAGUCCCUCUCCUUCUUCUCCAUACCCUACCACUGUUGGCGCAGUGGAGAGCAGCGGCUUGAGAUCUCGCUACCGUUCUUCACCCACUGUCUAUAACUCACCUACUGACAAAGAGGACUACAUGACAGACCUGCGCACUUUGGACACUUUUCUUCGAAGUGAAGAAGAGAAGCAGCAUAGAGUUAAGCUAGGAAGCCCAGAUUCUACCUCUCCUUCUACCAGCCCUACUUUCUGGAACUAUAGUCGUUCUAUGGGGGAUUAUGCACAAACUUUAAAGAAGUUUCAGUAUCAGCUUGCCUGUAGGUCUCAGGCCCCAUGUGCAAACAAAGAUGAAGCUGAUCUCAGUUCUAAACAAGCUGCAGAAGAGGUUUGGGCAAGAGUGACUAUGAAUAGACAACUUCUUGAUCACAUGGAUUCGUGGACAGCUAAGUUUAGAAAUUGGAUCAAUGAGACAAUAUUAGUGCCACUUGUUCAAGAGAUUGAGUCUGUCAGCACCCAGAUGAGACGUAUGGGUUGUCCAGAGCUACAAAUAGGAGAGGCCAGUAUUACCAGCUUGAAACAGGCUGCCCUGGUCAAAGCCCCUCUCAUUCCAACUCUUAAUACAAUUGUGCAGUAUCUAGACCUAACACCAAAUCAGGAAUACUUGUUUGAGAGAAUCAAAGAACUUUCUCAGGGAGGCUGUAUGAGCUCAUUUCGAUGGAACAGAGGUGGAGACUUCAAAGGACGAAAAUGGGAUACAGACCUGCCCACUGACUCUGCUAUCAUCAUGCAUGUAUUUUGCACCUACCUUGAUUCCAGAUUACCUCCACAUCCCAAGUAUCCUGAUGGAAAAACAUUUACUUCUCAGCACUUUGUUCAGACACCAAAUAAACCAGAUGUUACAAAUGAGAAUGUUUUUUGCAUUUAUCAGAGUGCUAUCAACCCUCCACAUUACGAGCUAAUCUACCAGCGUCAUGUCUACAACCUUCCAAAGGGCAGAAAUAAUAUGUUUCAUACCUUGUUGAUGUUCCUCUACAUCAUAAAGACCAAAGAGUCAGGAAUGCUUGGGAGAGUUAAUCUUGGUCUAUCUGGUGUGAAUAUCUUAUGGAUUUUUGGCGAGUAGUUGGUUAUUUAAUUCCAAACAUUUGGACUUUAAUUUUAUUCAACCAGCGCAAGUUGAAUCUAAGCAUCUUUGAGUCACUGCCUCUCCUGAAAUAAGAUACAUAUGUGUAUAUGUUACAGAUUCCUUAGAUUUAACAAAAAAUUAGCUAUUGUGAAACUUCCUUGUGAAAAUAUGCUCUGUAUCUUCUACUCUAAGAAGCAUUACCUUUGAUAUUGUAUUUCAGAAAUUUUAAUUGGCUAUAAAACUGCAACCUUUUGGAUUUUUGUUAACACAAGUAGUGCAGUUCCCUUAAUUAAAUACAUUUACGAGCCCUUUUUCUUUGUAAUAAGAAUGAUCCACCUCAUUCUCCCACCAUGGAAAUGUUUUCAGUUAUGUUAUUUAGUAGUAGAAUAAGUACUUAAAAAAGAAAAUUGCUAAUUUAGUUUGUUUUAUCUUUUUUCCCAGUGUUCUGCAAGUAUGCAUCUAAAGCCCAUUUUCAAAGAAAUGAAAUUAGCUUCUAAGUUAUGUUUGAUUAGUCCAUGUAUAUUUUUAAAAUAUUAUUAAAAGAGGCUUGACAGUAUUGGCAUUUUAAAAUGUCAGCACUAAGAUUAAAUUUAGUUGGUAGAAUUAAACUAUUUGGAUUUUAGUUAGAGUUUGAGACAUCAAGAAAACUGUUGACUGCUUUGGUUUUAGCAACUCAGUUUUACUGUUUCAUAAUAUUUUGCUAUUUUUAAAGUUCUCUUCUUUAAGAUUAUAGUGAUAGCCUGUUCACUUAAGGCUUUUAGGUACAGUAUUUUCAAAAUAUCCAGAAUGAGAAGAUACCGAGCUUUAAGUUUUGCUUGACUCUCCAUCUUUCUUUUCUGUGUGUAUAUGGUGUUGCCGGCACUGGCAUGUACUUUUCUUGAUUGACAUUUUCUUAGAGACUGCUGCUUCCUUCACCCUUCUACAAACCUGAAAGUGGCCAAAACCAGUAUCUUCUAAAGUAUUAUAUAUGUAUAAUUUGUAAAUUGUUUUUCAGAAAGUUACUCCUGUUUUUUUUUAAAGUUGAUGUCCAAAAGAAAGGAGAUUUUAAGUGUUUUUAAUGUGUUAAAUAUAUUUGGUAUGACAUCUUAAAGGAAAAUAUCAGUUAAGCAUAUUAAAUACAAGGACAUGUUAAAAUUUAAAUCUGUGGUUUCAAAAGUUAUUGAGGAUGUCCUGGAAUAACAGCUGCUAUGCUAUUAAUCUAUACAGUUGUGUAAAACUACAGUAGUGUAUACUUUAUUAAAAGCAGUCAGGAAAAAAAUUUCUUAAAUGGGUA